UCUGACCCUGGCGAUAAGCUUGGUGAUUGCUCGAAUGGGAACGCUUAGGGCAUCGACCGUCGAGCUCUCCCUCCUUUUUGAUAUAUUAAUCUACUCCUAAAAAUCCGUUCUCUUUCUCCGAUUUCCCCCUCCUCUCCUCGUCUCUCGCAAAACCUAAGCCCUCGGCUUCUUCCUUGGUUUGUUCUCACUUGUUUCUUGGGUUUUCCUCGAAGGGAUCACUACGGAGUGGGGAGGAGGGAUCGAGGUCCGCUAAUGGCGGUCGCUUGUCUGAAGCGCGGGUAGCCAGGGGGAAAAUUGUGAGGCUUCAUACGGAGGAGGCCGCUUCGGGGGGCGGAGCCUAGGGAGGCAGGUGGCCGGCAUUCGAGAGCGGGAUCUGGGCCGUACGAGCGCGGCGCUGGGCAGCGGAACGAUCGAGGUCCGUUGCUGAGGAAUGCAGCUGGAACGGAGCUCGUUCAUUUCCAAUCGGUAGCGAAACAGCCUUCGUAAAGUUUCAAGGUCCUCGAAUUCUUGGUUUCGCAGAUCCAGAGUCGAAAAGUGUAGGGGAUUAUAGAUCUGUGAAAUGAAGACUUGGAUCGAAACGGCGAGGAUAGAUUAGAACUUUUCCGCUCUCAAGAGAGGGUGCUUUCAAAAAACGUCCGAAUUCGAGGCCUGCUGCUGCCUCCGAUUCUGCUGCGGUACGUACAGGCUGCAGUGCUGAUAUCUGUCCACCUGAGGGGCGAGCAGUGAAAGGGAUGGAGAGAGAGCGAGCGGAGACCAGCUCAUCGCUCCAGGUGUUGCUAUGAUAUCGCUGUGGAAAGCUGAGGCGAGGAGCUGACAUCUCCGGCCACCAACGCCAUCUCGAGUGCGCAAAGGACAUCUACACCGACCCUCAGAAACCCUAGCCUGAGAGCGCAGCUGAGCUGCCUGCAGUCUCUCCCCUCUUUCCCAAAAGGAGAUCUUGGAAUAAGAAAGGAGCGGUCGCGGAGGUGAUAAUAGCGAACUCAGUCCACGCACCCACCCAGUCUCGGCCCGGAGAGGCAUGAAAGUGGGAUGGAGGUGGAGGAGAACCACGCCUGCAAGCGAUCCCGGGUCGGUAACGGCACCGUCAGCAGCAGCCAGGCGGCCAGGAUAGGCUGCAAGGCCCAGCACCAGGACGACGAUGAGGAGGACGGAGAAGGGAGGGGCGGUGGCGGCGUGACCGGUGAGAGCCUCGUCAUGCCUUGGCACCACCCAUCCUCCAGGAUCUUCAGGGUCUCUCGGGCCUCCGGCGGCAAGGACCGCCACAGCAAGGUGUACACCGCCAAGGGUCUUCGGGACCGGAGGGUCCGCCUCUCGGUCUCCACCGCCAUCCAGUUUUAUGACCUCCAGGAUCGCCUUGGUUUUGACCAGCCCAGCAAGGCCAUCGAGUGGCUGAUCAAAGCCGCUGCCGCCGCCAUUAACGAGCUCCCCGCUCUCGGCGACACCUUCCCGGAGGCUCCCAAGCCUCGUCGUCCCGAAGAGAAGCUUCCGGAGGAGCCCGAUGCUGAGGCGGAGCACAGCUUCAACCAGCAGCAGCAGCAUCUUUCUCUCUCCAAGUCCGGCUGCAGCAGCAACUCCGAGACUAGCAAGGGCUCGGUCCUCUCCCUCUCCCGGUCUGAGAUCCGCGUCAAGGCGCGAGAGCGUGCCCGGGAAAGGGCCAAGGACAAGGAGGACCGAGACGAUGGCCAUGUCGCCGUCUCCCAUCACCAGAAUGUCAACCCGAGCCUCAACUCUCAGACCUCCUUCACCGAGCUUCUCACUGGCGGCGGCAGCAGCAAUGGCACUUCAGUUGCGACUGCACAGGCGAAUUCCGAUGUUAAUUGCAUCCAGAAGCAAAUGCGUCACCUGACGACUGUCACAACCACCGCCGAUUACUUUGGCCAAGCGGGUCUUUUGCCCCAAGCACAGAAGGCUCACCAGCUGCCAUCGGGGUUCUUGUCCCAAGCCCACUUUGGGAACAGCUCUCCAAUAGGAAUGGUGCCGUUCAACAUCGUAGCCGCAGCAGCGGCAGCAGGAGACCAGUCGGAGAUGCAGCAGUUCGCUUUCUUGCAGGACCAUCUCAUGCCCGCCUCGGCCGUGGCAGCUGCAGCCGGAGACUAUAACCUCAACUUCCCCAUCCCUUCUGGUGUUGCAGGUUUCAACAGGGGGACCCUUCAGUCCAAUUCACAAUCUCAGUUGCCUCACCACCACCUCCAGAGGCUCUCUUCUGCAGUAGACGGGUCGAAUCUGUCCUUCUUCGGCUCUGCUGCUUCAGCUGCAGCCGCCACUUCCACGGAGAACCAGUUCUCAGCGGGUUUUGAUGCCCGCCUUCAACUCUGCUAUGGACACGGCUACCGGCAUUCUGACCUGAAGGGGAAAGGGAAGAGCUGAGACUUCUUUGCACCUUCUUCUUGCUGUUUCAACAGGUUCCAGAAAUGGUAGUUCAGAUCCUUUGAUUGUUAGACGCUUCAUUUCUAUCUUCCUCCACCUACUAGUGAACGUCUUGUUAGUGCUGCUGAUUCUGUGGACAGAGCGAUAAUGUACGAGUGGCAUGAUAUCCCCUCAAUCCUCUCUUUUUCAGAAAAUUGCUGAAUUGAUUUGCCUUGCAGCUUGCACCUCUCUGCUAUCCGGUGAUUUCAUCUAUUUUUCUUUCCAUGAGCCAUUUGCCCAAGCGCUCAACUGUGACACUGAUUUUGGCAAUGCAUUUUUAAUUGGUAAAUUUGCUAAAGGGAACAAGUGAAAGCAAUCACUCUUUGUUAGCCCCAGCCGAAAUAUAAGGAUGAAAUUAUAAUGUAGACAAUAUAAUAGAACAUGGCAAACAAUAGUAUAUAAAAGACAGAAUUAUGUAUCAGAUACCAGUCCAACACGAGUAAUUGAUCUUGAUAUUUCAGAGUUUUGUGGGCUUAUUUUUAGCUUGUGUAAAUGUUAAGUAUUGCAUCUAGAACAUUAAGAAUAUUUAGCUUGUGCAAAUGUUAGCUUGUCCAAUAUAGCUUUUAUUCUUCGAAUUCAUGUGCCACUUGACAUUUUGCAAUAGAGGCAAAUGGCGCAUCCCGUAUUGUGAACCAAUGUAUGUGCAUUUAAAUUCUUUGCAUCAGGUUAUUAAUUUUUUUGAAUUUCCCUGUUCAUUUAAAAGGACAACCUACUACUGCAGUACUGAAUUUUAUCCAAU